CUGGUUCGUUGGCAAGCUGCAAACUGCAAUUUUCCGCCUUUGAUCGCCAAGUCUCCGUGCUUGGGUGACUUCGGGCCGUUGCAAAACAGAUCUCAAGCAAUCUUCCCUCCAACAGUGGGUGGCAAAGGAUUGCUUUGAAAAUAACCCCCCCAAGGAAGUGGUAUAGCUCUGUAGUCAAGCGCGUCAGAUCCUGUAACUUAGGCGCUGGCUGAAAAAUUUCUGCAAAGAAGUCAUGAAUUCAUCCAGUUUUACAGAUGCCACAAAUUCUACAGACACUGAAGAUUACCAUGUUUACUUCGUAGUAGAGGCGUUUUCCUUUGUAAUCUUGUUUGUACUUGCUGUAGUAACAAUCAUCAGCAAUGGCGUGUUUCUGUUUACUUACUACAAAGACCCGCUCAAGUGUCUUCGAACUCCGUCGGCGAUCUUCGUCGCAGGCUUGACAAGCGCCAAUUUCCUGACUGGGUUAAUCGUGGAGCCAGCUUAUGUGGUUUUCUAUAUCUGGGCCUACACCUCAUAUUCAGAAGAUGUGUUCAGAUUUCUUCGCUUUGCUCAAAUCUUUUCAUUUUUCACAAUGAACGCGUCCUUCCUCAUCAUGUUAGGACUAGGGAUUAUUCAGUAUUUACUGAUUAAGAGCCCCAGGAUUUACGACAUGUUUGUUAGCCCGAGAUCUGCACGCAUUGGAGUUGUUUCUAUCUGGAUUUAUUCAAUAUUUUUUGCAUUGAUGCCUGAAAUGUUUCAUGUGGAUCUCUUCGCCUACGUCUUGACAGACUUAAUACUUCAUGUAACAUUGUUGACUAUUGCCCUUCUUGUACUGUACAUAGUUAUUUACUUCCAGUUUCGUAAGCUGGCUGAGCGCCAUCGUAAUGCUGAUUUGGGCGAAAGUGCAGGACAGGAGGGUCCUUCUGCAGAGGCAACUGAGUCAGAGCAGCGAAGACGUCAGGCUGAAAAAGACUUUGCGUACGGAACAUUUAUCUUGACAGCAAUUUUGAUAAUAACUGUCUGGCCAUUCUGUAUAACUUUAGCCCUAGUGCUGUUCAACUUUACUUUGGAAAGGUAUAUUGCAUUGAUGAUUGCCCAACUUUUCCUAUUGUGGAAAUUUGCCAUAGAUCCUUUUGUUUUUGCCUGGCGUUUAAGGAAGUUUAGGAAGUCACUGAUUCUGGCGAUGCAGAACACCGUUUGUUGUCCAAAACCAUCAUUGCUGGGAGCUACAUAUGUCAGGCAAGAUGAGGUAACCAGUCCUAAACCAGAGGGUGAUGAUGAAGAUGUGGAGAUGACAGUUGUAGAAAACAGAGAACAAGAUCAUGGAGCUAAUGCUUAAUCCAAUUUCUAGUUGUAAACUGAAAUUGUAUGGAUAGGAGAGGCAUGUAAAAAGGUUUCUAAUUGACGUUUAACCUUUUUCUGUCUUGCAACUUUAUCCAACAGUUUUCCAUAUACAGAAUCGAGUUUUGAGGGACUGUCAACUUGCUUUUGAGCAGUAUUGGAGAUUUAGGUAAAAUAAACUCUGAUGAAAGCGACUGAAACUCAACCUUUGUCUUCUAUUAUUAAUCAGCUCAUUUUGUAGUGGUUUGUAAUGAGGAUACUUUAGUGCAUGCAUGUAUACUUUUUUAGGAGGAAAUGACAUGUUUUAGUCAGAGACAGCAAGCACAAUUUUUUUAAAAAGAAGUACAAAAAGAGCUUUUCAUUAAAUAAUGAUGAUAAAUUUGAAAAACCUAAUGCAAAUAUGAGAUCAGGUAAUCUGAUUUGUUAACCUUUAAUUUCUAUGAGUGACCAGCAUGUAAUUUCUCUGUACAGUAAUACUGCCGAUUCACGGCAGGUACAAAAAGCAGGUCACAGGUCACAAUUAACAGGUCACAAUUAAAGAGUUAUACACCGGAUAGAGUACAGGUGUUGCAUUAUAGUGUUCCAUUUCCGGUCGUCAGAAAUGAACAUAUAACAUACAUGAACAUAUAAUAUACAAUUGUGACCUGUUAAUUGUGACCUGUGACCUGCUUUUUGUACCUGCCAACUUCUGAAUCAUUCAUUAAGAUCAUGAGAAUAUAAGAAAUGGUCACCAACAUAAAAAGUUUUGAUUGUUAAACAAAUUCUCCUCAGUAUUAAAGGAAAUGUCCCGAGAUGAGUAUUGAGAAUAUGGAUAUUGACGUUAGGGUGUUAAGUUUAAUAAAGCAAUCCUCCACAUAAGUGAGAGUUUGUAGCAUUUGCAGUAGCCAUAGCUUUGCAGUUCAAGAGGUGUGCAAUCAAAUUAUGCAUUACAUAUGUUUUAGAGAAUGCCAAAUCAGUGUAAAUUAUUCAUUGAGUGCCAAACUUAGUGUGGGUUGAUAUUUGUUUUUCCUUUUUAGUGUCUCUGAUUUGUGUGAAAAGUCACUGAAACUAAUCAAGACACAAUUUCCUGCUAGAGGCUUGGGAUUAGGGUCAUAUGUUUUUCCUUUGAUUUUUCUUUGGUUCCUUGCAAAAUAUGCACCCGAUUGGCUAUGGUCAUUACUUAGGUUUUGUUGUACUCUUACUUUAAAGUGCCCUUUGUCAGGCAAUUGGCCAGGUUUACCAAGAAAGUUAGGUAGCUUUAGAUCCUUUUGAGUCAUUGUAUUUUCCAUAAAAACAAUAUCGGAUUUUUUCUGUAUAAUUUGUACGUAUAAUGUUUUGUAAUAGUCCUUUAGUUCAGUUAGAUAUAUUGAUAUUAGUUGAACAACCUUGAGUAGAGGUUGCUGCUAAAAGCAGCAGUAUGAAGUAGUUUACUUUUAAAACUUGUGAAAUGAUGUAAAAUAUAAUGAAGUUUUAUGUAAUUCCUAUGUUUAAAAAGGGCGGAGGCAAACAUUAAAGUGUAGCUGUUAAAAGUUGAA